GCUGCAGUUUCUUUGGGGCAGUUUCUAGAUAUGGUAAAAUAUCUGUCAAAUGUGGCUGCUAGAGUUUUCAUUUUUUCUACUAUUAAUAAGUGAAGGUUCUUGGACGACGAAGGGUAAAACUGUAAUUUCGCGCUGGUCCACAUAUUCAUUACAAUUCUACCAUGUUCUGCAAUCUUCUCCCCUUUGCCUUCCUUCAUCCGAUCAGUUUUGUACUGGUUUUGUUUGCCUUUCCGAUGAGUUCAAUUUUCUGUAGAUUCCUACUUUAAUUUGGCGUGUUCUUUUUGCGAUUUCUAUGAAAGAACAAGUUUGGAUGGAAAGAGUUUUGAUCAAUUCCAAGAAAUAGUUUGAUAAGAGCUCAUUUCUUUAUCCCUUUUCAUUAUUGUGCUAUGUUCUCCCCAAAAAUUAGUUAGAUUUCUGGAAACUCGAAGAAACCAGCCGGCUACUUUCAAGCUUGGUUUUUGCUCUAUUCAAGAGAUGGACAUACAAUUGAAAGAUUGAAGCUCAGACAUGAAUAUUGACAAUUGACAGAAUCUUCUGCACCAGCAUAGAUUAGAUUCAGAUGUAAUGAGAGUAGAAUAUUCUGACUAAAUUGAUGAUGCUGUUGAAAGGGUCUCGGAAGUUAUAAGUUUGUUGCUGGAGCUUUUUGAGUACCUCAGAGUUAUAGGAUGUGAGGUGCUGAUUUUUGUGAAAUAAAGCAAAUGUUGGCUUUUGCAUUUACUACUUGAUGUUGGACAUGCAGCUGUUAAUACAGGAAGAAGAUGAUCUGAAAUGAAAAGUUCAUAUUUGGAGAACCAGUUCAGAUCGAUGGAUCAACACCCCUUCCUUGAGGUGUACGCUUGGAGGAUACAUUGGAAUGCAAUGAGGAAAAGAACAACAACUAUAAAGAUUUAACGCAAGGAAAUAGACAAGAAUAUUCUAUAAGGAUUAUAAUGAAAAUAUAGAGCUUUUGUUGACUGCGUUUUCUACGACCAAGGGCAGAACCAUCAUUUCGCUCGCUGGUAAAAGUGAUUUCGCUCAGCACACGUGGCUUUUCUCACCACAAUUCUGGAAGGAAAAAAAAAAAAACAACAGUCGAUUAAUGUGAAACAAGAUUGUUUGGAAGCUCAAAAUGUUGGGAAAGUCCCAUUCUUGGAAGAAAAAAAAAUCUGGUUGCUUUCUCUCCCUGGUUUUCCUAUUAGAAAGAAAGUGUGAAGGAACUUUCUCGCAAGCAAAACUCAAUUCCUGGCAGUCGGCAUUGACAAACCCCUAUACCAGCGGCUUCAUGGCUUUUCUCUGCUAUUUGAGGACCUUUCUAAAGGUUAAAAAGCAAUCUCACUCUCAAAUUCCUAUGAUAAAAGUGGUAAUCUUUUCUUAAAUUUCAGUUUUUUUUUUUUUUGCUUUAUAGUUUGUAAUUUUUUUUAGCAAUAUAUGAUGGGAAUCGUUCUGGUUAUCUGCCUUUUCAAGAAUCACACCCAUGGCAUUAGAUAAGAAGGUGUCCUCAUUUAUUGCUGGUCAUUCCAAAAUGCCAUCUGUAUUAUAUAGGAGUAUUUCCCUUGACAGAGAAUGUUGAGAUAAGUGAAUAUUAUUGGCAAAAAGUCUUAAGAAUGAGGAAUUGAUUUGAUUGCAGAUACAUUAAGCUGAAUUUACAUGUCCACUGUGGUUUUCCUCUAAUGCAAAGAAACUGAUCAAAAGAAUCUAAAAUUCCAAUCCACAGACUGUAGGUAUAUCUCCCUCUCCAAGACAAAGGAGGAAAUAAAGCAGAAAAGCUAUUGAGAAAUUCAUGGAAUUUAUCAUUUGAUGACAUCGCAUAUCUGCAUUAGACAGCUGUAGUUUUCUCACUCUCUGUCGUGAAGCUGUACUUAAUAUACGACCAUUUGACAUAAUCUUAUUUGGCGUGUAUAACAUUUCUGCUAACGUUGUAUCUGUAUGCAAGUAGUUAAGGAAAAUAAUCAAAAUUAAAAUUUAAUAGUUGAAUAAAUUUGAAUUUUUGAAAGUUAUGAAGCUUAUAUAUAAUUAUAGUUGUUCCUAGAAUAGUGUCAAACAUUUAUGGAUUUUCCCAUUUGGGAAGAGUUUCAUACACUUGGGAUAGAGAGACUAGAGAGUAGUUCCUCUUCUUGAAUUAGUGUUACUGCUGAUUCUGCUUUAGUUAGUUGUAUUUGUGUUCGUUUGAUAUAACUUAAGCAUUUGAUAAUGAUUAUAUUCUUCUGAUUUGACCAAGCUUUUUUGACAAGCUACUUGCAAAAGGAAGCAACUUAUAUAAUGAACCGAGGAUAAUUGUUCAAUGAGCACUCUAUUUAUCAUUAGUUGUGUCAUUAGAUAGCUUGUAAUAGACUAACAUUCAUCAAUUUAGCUAGCCAUUAUUCUUAAACAGAAGAGUUCAUGCUUCAUAUCAAAGGUGGAAUUACUUCUGGAUAGGGGCUGUUCUGAAAUUGUGCUCAGCUGAUUAAUUGACUAUCACUUAUUGAAAAAGAUUUGAGUAUGAUCAAAGCUACAUGAUAAUCACAAAGUGAUUAGAAACAUGCACAAUUCUAUGUGCAAUUUCCUUUCAACAGAUUAUAUACGCUUAAGGUGUUUAUGGAAGAAGAUUUUGACGAUGCAGCAUGGAGGUAAGAGAUGGAAACUGUUAAAAGAACUAUUGAAUUAUAGUAACAGACUACUGCAAGGGGAUUGGUUAUUUAGCAUUAUUGGGUAAUCUGACUCUGUAGAUGGCUGAAAAAAUGUAUAAUGCACAUCUGUUUUGUCUUGAAAUCAAAAAAUGAGUGUCGGUAUGCACAGAUGUAAUUUACUGAUAUAACUUCACCUUAUCCUGUUAUGUGGAAAAUGGAUGGCUGAAGGUGCGACUUAUUUGUAUUUUCAUUGGAAUUGACAUUGUGAAGUUUGUUGAUGUCGUAUUAGUGUUUUAUGGAAUUCGCUUUGGUCUUUGAACGUGAAAGCCUAACUUAGGGGAAUUUCCAUUCAAAUUGAAAAGGAGAAGGAAAGUAAGGCCUGCCAUGUUGCACUUGAGCAUGGGAAGAUGGAAGUGAUUGUUUCAAGGUCUGUUCACAUCUUGUGGAAUACAAUCACAUCCUAUUCAUUAUUUUCUCCAAUAGAGUUUGAAUUUUGACUGAGAUUGUAGCAAUGACUCUUUUCUGAGUGAAGUAUUGUUAGCUACUAAAUGCAGUAUUGAUUCUUGAUAAUGUAGCAUAAGAUAAACUAUGAAUACUUUAAGGAUAGCAACUGUAUGUGCUUUACAAGGAGAUUUUCUAUAUUGCCUUCUCAAUUUCUAUAUGAUAAGAUUUGAUUGCCUCCUUAUUUUAUGUUUGAUAAACUUUGAAUGUGAAGUGAGAAAAGCUCCUAUAGAGUUACUAUAAUUUACUCAGAAGCGGAUUAUCAUAUUCUUUGAGAAUGAUAUUCCACCAGCAAAAAGGUAAAGAAUCUGCACUUUCCUGUAACAAAAUCUCCAGCUUAGUUUUAGUAUGUGUUGAAGAAGAUUCUUGUUAAAUUAUUCAGAAAGAAUAUAGUGCUUUGAAUGUGGAGUUAUAACAUAAUAAAGUCUGUAGUUGCUUUUUUUUUCUUUCUAGCAAGCUUGGCAAUGUAAUAAUAUAACUUUGUUCCGCACAAUAUGAAGCAUAUUAUGUUAUGAGUAAUUUUUAACUUGAUGGUAUUGGUUCCUUUUUUUUAGUUAAACUCCUAUAAAACGAAUAAAGAAGUACCUUGCAAAAGUCAAACCACUUUUAUAUAACAACAUUCGCCCGUGCUUUGCACGGGCUCGGGCCAUCUAGUUUAAUAUAGAAGACAAACAUAGUAUACUAGUAGUAAAUGUAUCGUUGCUACUCCUACUUCUAAAACCGACAAUUUUUCAAUCAUGGCAGGCGAUUUGGUGAAUAGUCACUACCAAAAAAAAAAAAGUUCUUAGCUACGGUUUCUUUGGGGCAGUUUCUACAAACUGCCGCUAGAUAUUGAUCUCCCGGCGGUUGGCGUAGCGGUUCAAUAAGAGCCCAUAAAUUACAUAAUUUAGCGGCGGUUUUAUUUUCAUUUUCCAGCAUUUUCGUAAAUUCUAAUUUUUCCUGGAGUUAUUUGAACUUAGCGGCAGCUUGGCCUUUUAAAUAAUUAUAUUACUUUUGUAAUUUUUCUACAACUUAAAAGAUUCCAACAAUUGGAGCCCACAACUUAAUAACUUAAACACUCCUACACAACCGUAAUUUUUAGAAAUUUCUACACAUUCUAUCUACUGUACCUUCAACACUUCAUAAGGAAAUUUCUACAGCUGCUUCAUAUGGCUGCUGCUUCAUAUGGUUGGGAAAUUUCUACUGUACCUUCUCCAUCAAAAAUUCUGCAAACGUAUGUGAAAAUUUCUCUCCUUUUUUUAUGCAUUUUCGAGAUUUUUAAAACCCUAACUUUCACAUAUAUCUGAAAUGUAUGUGAAAAUUCUAGAAUGUGUUGAUUGAAUGCAGUGAAUCUCUGUUUUUAUUUCCCGAAUAGGUUAUGUGUUGAUUUUUGUUCAUGCAUGAAGUGAAUCUUUUUAUUUUUGCAGUUAUAGUUCUUAAUAUAUAUUUGUGUUUUCUCUAAUUUUUGCUUCGACUAAGUCUCAAUCACCAAAUUAAAACCUAGAAUUUGUUCUAAUGGGUCUGAAAUUUAUAGGUUGUGAUUUUCUCUAAUUUUUGCUUUUAAUCUUUUGUUGUGUUCCCUUUUUUGAUGGUUGCGUGCAAUAUUUAAAACCUAAAUUUCAAGUAUACUGUUCUAGUUAAUCCAGUGAGAUCAUCUGAGUUCAUUUUACAUGUCUUAAAUGAGGAUUUUCGACGAUUUUUAUUAUCCUAGUGUUAAUUUUAUUUUUUUGUUUGAGAUAUCUCUUUCAUAUUUUGUUGUGUAGCAUAGAUUAUUUUGAACAUUUGAUUUUAAUCAACGGUAAGAUUUUUUCUUAUGGCUGAAGUUAGUUUGAAAUGUAAGUGUUAUUUUUUUGUUGGUUUUUGCUGCUGAUGAUUAAAAAAUUCAGAAUAGAAAAUGUAAGUGUUAUUUGAGUUACAAAAAAUCUCAAAUAUCCCUAGUUUAUAAUUUCAAAAAAAAUUGGCAAAAAAUCCCCUUACACUCUCUUCUCUCUCCUCCCAUGCAAACCCUAGUUUGAAACCCUAAUAGUGCUAUGGCCACUCCGGCCACUGGCCAGCCACCGCAUUUGGUGGUUGGUCAGUCUUUCUCUCCUCAAGAUUUCCCUCCCCUCUCCCUCCUCCUUCCUCUCUCUUCGUCCAGCAAUGCUCAGCAGUCACAAACAGUAAUCCCUACGUCCACAACAUAGAAUUAUCGUCAAACCCUAAUGCAUGAAACUGGUAAAAAUUCCAUGCAAACGUGUGAAUCCAUUCCUAUGAAGAUGGUUGAGAUUAUAGAUGGUAAACACGUCGUAAGAUGGUCCUCUUCUGAAGUAUUACGAAUGGACAGGAUUGAAAACCUACAAUAUGCCAUUGUUGGUAAGUUUUCGUAUGGAUGUCCUGAACUAGAAGAGUUACAAUCUAUUAUACCUCAUCAGUGUGGAGUAAAGGGUAAUAUUCGUGUAGGCUUUUUGAGAGAUAGACAUGUCUUAAUAAGAUGUGAUCUAAGGGAAGAUUUUAUUAAUCUAUCAUCAAAAAGUUUCUUUUGGUUGAAGUCAAAAGAUGGUCAUUCUUAUCAAAUGAGGCCAUUAAUAUAUGAUUCUAAAUUCAGUGUGGAAAAGGAAACUUCAAUUGCUAUGGCUUGGAUUUCGUUUCCAAACCUUCUUUCUACAUUUUUUUGUCAAGGAAUCUUUGUUUACAUUGGCUUCUGCUGUGGGUAAGACAAUCCAGCUAGUUGCUGCUACUAUCAAUAAGACCAGGCCAAACUGUGCAAGAGUGAAAGUGCAGGUAGAUUUGCUUGCAGAUUUGCCUAAGUCUGUGUGGAUGGAGAUUCAAGAUGAUGUUACAAAGGAUAUCAGGUCGAUUAAAGUUAAUAUUCAAUAUGACUACUUACCAAAGUAUUGCACAAAGUGCUUUUUACAAAGUCAUUCCAAUGAUGAUUGUUGGGUGCUACAUCCAGAACUGUUGGAAAAUGAGGUGGCAGAUAAUGGGGUAGGGUCUCAGAACAAAGGAAAGGUUGCAGUUGUAGUAGAUGAGCCUGGAACAAGUAAACAAGGGCAAAUCCAACAAGGAAGAUAUAGAAGAAAUAGGGGGUGGAAAAAACCAGUGCAACAAUAUUUACCAAAGGUAUUAUCCUGUGGUACUAUGGUAACUUACCCUGGAAACAAAGGGCAGUACAAGAACAAAGUGAAUCCAACUGGGAGGGAUGAUGGAAACAAAGAAGUUAAGGUAACAAACAAAUUUGAGGUAUUGAACCAAGGAGUAGAGGAUGUUGAUGUUAGUAGGCUCAGUAAUAGUCAUGAGGAGCAUGUCACUGAAGAAGAUGUGUCUAUAGAACAAGGGGUUGCAGCUGACUGUAUAGAUGGCAAGAAGGAGCAUAAUAUGGUGCAUGCGUGUGGAGGCUGCAAACUUGUUUCUGGAUAAACAUCAGGCUACAAAUGGAACCAAGUCUCUGAAAGAGGGUGAAGUUUAUGAGAAUGAAACUGCUAAGGUGCACAAUAGUGAAGCUGAUAAUCACAGUGUAGUAGCUAUUGCCAAAAUACAGCAGCAUAAUGAUGAUCCUGUUCAAAAAGAGAUUAAUAGUCCACAGCUGGAUGGCAAAGCAGACUCUCUGGAGGUUAAAGAGGCUUAUGGUUCAAAGAAGUCUCAUGACUGUCAAGAACAUGAGAAUACUGAAUUAUCUGCAGAUGAUCAAAAGUCUGAAAUGGUGCAGAGAAGAGUUGAUGAAGUUGAUCAGCAACUUGGAGUUGAAAAUAGGGGUAGUAGGGAUGCAGAUGAAGAUGCUCGUCAAAGGCUUGAUAGUAACAGGAUUCAUUAUGGAAAUGAGGCCUCUGAAAUUUCAUUGGAAAAUCAGAUGGCUGAAUGUACUCAAGCAGGUGAUCUGUAUUUGAAGGAUGGUUUUGAUGAAAAGAUGCAAGAUAUGACUGGUUCCAUGGAUCAGAAGGAGUCUACUCAGGCAUUAAUUCUGAAGGAUAUUUUUGAUGAGGAGGUACAUAGCUCUAACUGUAACUUGCAGUUGGUUGGUUAUUAUCCUGAGAAAGUUGCUGAUGUAGAACAAAGGAAUUUAGCUUUGGCCAUUAUUCCUGAUAUUAGAGAUAUGCAGCCUCUGAAUGUUGCUGUAAGGGUAUCACCUAACAAAGCUUUACAUGAUGUAGUCUCUCACAAGUUACAAGAGGAACAUGAUAAGUUGAAUUUGAUUAACAAUAAGAAGGAAGAUGUUGAUGGUGAUGCUAUUGAUAUGAAACUACAGCAGAUGUGUGUAGAGGCAGGAUUAUCUCCAAAAUCACAAAGCAAAGGGCCAAGGAAAGGAAAAAAGCAGAAUUCUGAGGUUCCACAAAUUGUGAGGUAUUCAACAAGGAGUAACCUUAAGAAAUCUGUUAAAUGAUUGUUAAAACUUUA